CUGGCCUAGGAGAUCAAAAAAGCGGCAUUUGAGUUAGGGCUACAGAAGGAAGCAUAAAAAUUCAACAGGUGAGGAGAGCUUGGAAACCUAGGAUUUAUGUGGCAGGAAACAAAGGAAGUGCCCAUCCGAAGGACAGAAGGAGAGUCCCCUAGGGUCAGUUUCAUACACCCUUAUUGAAGGCCUGUUAUAUGUAAACUCGAUGCCUGGAGCCGGACUGACAGACCCCCCUGGGAUCCGGAGGUCUGAGCCGUUGCUCAGUCGCCGUUGCCCUAUCAUCGCUCCCUUUCCCAUUCCCACUUCCAAUCACCUGCCUUCCGUUCUUCCCAGCCACCCCGAAAGCUGGAGAGGCGCCCCCGCCCCUCUCAGUACGCAGCACCGGCGAAGCUUCACCUCCUGGUUCCCGACAGGAGCGCGCCUAUGUCCGCGGGCCGGGGCUCUGUCCGGCUGCUUCUGGGAGCCUUCGGCCUCUGGGCUCCGCUUCUCUCCCACCGCCGGCAAGGCCGGGGAACUGAGCACUGGGGGGCUGGAGCGGAGGCGGUGGAGCAGGCGUGGCAGCGUCAUCAGGGGCAUGGAGGAGCAGCUAGCCUUGGAGAAUGACUGCCUGCUUCCUUUGGAGAGACAAUUCCAUGAGGCAGCCAGACAGAACAAUGUUGGGAAGAUGAAAGAAUUGAUUGGAAUAGGAGUCAAUAUCAGAGCUAAAAACAAUGUGGGCAGGUUGGCACUACACUGGGCUUCUGGAGCUGGGCAUGAGCAAGCUGUGAGACUACUCCUGGAGUAUGAAGUGUCUGUGGAUGACAAGGACAUGUUUGGGAUGAAUGCACUGCUUCUCUCUGCCUGGUUUGGCCACCUAAGGAUCCUACAGCUGCUAGUCAAUUCAGGGGCCAAGAGCAACUGUGAGGACAAGAACGGUCUGAACAUACUACACUGUGCAGCCCAAAGAGGCCAUGUCCAUGUGCUGGAGUUUAUAAUGGAAGAUUUAGAGGAUGUGCCCCUUGAUCGAACUGAUAAGUUGAAUCGGACAGCUUUCCAUUUGGCGGCUGAGCAUGGACAGCUUGAUGCUCUGGAUUUCUUGAUUGGCUCCGGCUGCAACCACAGCAUCAAAGACAAGGAGGGAAACACAGCCCUUCAUUUGGCAGCCAAGAAUGGCCACUCUUCGGUGCUCCAGAGGAUCAUCGAUAUUGGACUGGAUCUAGAGGAGAAGAAUGCAGAAGGCUUGACUGCACUGCAUAUGGCAACUGAGGAAGGCCACUUGGACUGUGUCCAGCUCCUGCUUCAGGCUGGCAGCAAGGUCAACGCCCAGACCCAGAAACAAAUGAAUUGCCUUCAUUAUGCCGCUCUUCACGGCUUUGAUGAUAUUGCUCAAGCUCUCAUUGAUGCUGGAAUUAGCACAGAUGCUGCAAAUCAGCAAAAUGCAUCUCCCAUCCACAUAGCGGUGUUGAACAAUUUUCCUUCCAUAGUCAGACUCCUCAUUGAGGCAGAAAUCAACCUGGAUGUCACCGACAACAGGCAACAGACACCCCUCCACAUUGCUGCUGAGAACGCGAGACAAGACAUAGCAGAAAUGAUCCUCCUCGAAGGAGUGAACUUAAAUUUGACAGAUAAGCAAGGAAAAACAUCACUGGAUGUCGCUGCUCGUGGCAACCACAUCUGCUUGGUAGAUAUGAUCAUAAAAGCAGAUCGGUUUUACAAAUGGGAGCAGGACAACCUCAAAACUGGGUCUGACUCUUGGGCUAUGAAACCCUUAACCUUUAAACAGGACCAUGGGGUGGAAACCCAGCAUAUUCGCUCAGUGCUGUGGCACUUAGCCACCAAAUACCUCAAGCACAACGACUGGAAGAAACUGGCGCAUCACUGGAAGUUUACUGAUGCACACAUUCGCGCUAUUGAACAGCAAUGGGCAGGCACUAAGAGCUAUCGGGAACAUGGCCACAGAAUGUUGCUUAUUUGGCUCCAUGGUGUAAUCAUGGCAGCUGAAAACCCAAACAAAGGACUAUAUGAAGGGCUUGUGGGAAUCGACAGAAGAGAUCUCGCUGAAAGCAUCAGAAAGAAAGCGAAUGCCGAUUCCAGUUCUUCCAAGAAGUGUAUAACAAUGUGACUUGACCUAGAGGGAGCCGGGUGGAGCAGCCCUCCAGAAAGUGACUACCCUUUUAUGGCUCUGACACAUUUCUCACUGAACCCAGAAUCUCAAGAUCAGCGCCACAGAAGUCCCAUGCCAGUAAAGCUUUCCUUAAAGGUCUGUGCAGGGGUUUGUUCCACAUCUCCUCCAGACUAGGAAACUAGUCACUGUAAAUGGGUGCAUGAAUAACUUAUGGGAUACACUGGGCUUUGGAAUCACAUAAAAUUGAUCGCUUUGGUUUUAUUAUUGUAGCCUGUU